CAUACCUUACUUUUUGACAAAACUUGACCCAGUACUGUGGUUCGGUAAGAUUGACUGUAGCACUCGACACGGCCAACAUGGCCCAUGACAAUAACGCGGCGGUCCUUGACGUGGACGAUGAAGAUCGUUCAGAGGUGGGAAGCAGCCUAGCUUCAUCAAGCACCAGUCUUCGCAAUUCCCUUCUUGAUUACCGUCUCGAGAAUGGCAGGACCUAUCACCGAUACAAAGAUGGCAAAUACAAUCUUCCCAACGACGAGCGAGAAUUGGACAGGCUAGAUCUGCAGCACCAUUUGUGGCUUCUUGCGCUCGAUGAUAGACUUGGAGUUGCCCCGCCUUGCAAGGAAGGUACCAAAGUCGGUCGGGUGCUCGAUGUUGGAACUGGAUCUGGCAUUUGGGCCCUCAACUUUGCUGAUGAGCACCCUGAAGCUGAAGUGUACGGCAUUGACCUGUCGGCGACCCUUCCUGGCUACGUGCCCCCAAAUUGCAAAUUUGAAGUCGACGAUGCUGAGGAAGAGUGGACAUGGACCCGGCCCUUUUCCUACAUCCAUAGCCGAGUCAUGACUUCCAGUAUCGGUGACUGGAAGCUGUAUUUGCAACGUUGUUACGACAAUCUUGAGCCUGGCGGAUGGAUUGAGUUACAGGAGUUCGAUCUCUAUCCGCGAUCAGACGACGGAACUCUCACGCAUGAGCAUUCUCUGAUCAAGUGGUGUGAUCUACUCCUCGAGGCAUCAGAGAAGUUCGGUCGCCCUUAUGUUGAAGUUCCGCCAUUGAAGGACCUUCUCACAGAGGUAGGCUUCGUGGACGUGUCGUUGGAUCUGUACAAGUGGCCUACCAACACUUGGCCGAAAAAUGGGAAAUACAAAGAAAUCGGCUCCUGGCACGGCGAGAAUGUCUCUCGCGGUCUCGAGGGCUUUACAAUGGCGGCUUUGACGCGUGCCCUGGAUUGGACGCGCGAUGAAGUCAACGUCUUCCUUAUUGAUGUACGCAACAACAUCAAGGAUAGAACCAUCCACGCAUGGUGGCCAGCGUACUUCAUCAUCGGGCGUAAACCAGAGAGGGAGUACAGCCCGGCUCCCCCGGCUCCCCUGUCCCCUGAAGCCGCUGCCUCCCCUCCGGCUCAGACUCCGGCACCGGCUGAGACUUCAUCUUCCCCUCCGGCUGAAGCUUCGGCUCCAGCUGAGAAUUUAGCUUCCGCUACAAGCCCGACUUCGGUUCCAAGUCUAGCUCCGGCUCAGAGCCAGACUGCGGCUUAGCUAUGUAAUGUCGAGAGCAACACUGCAAAGCAGACGGCGGAGGAACUAGACUGGCUUCAAUGAUAUCAUGUCGAGUUGAACGAUGUGACGCCCACCUCAGGAACUAGUGAAAAAUUCGCUUUGGUUAGUGGCGGGGGAACGGUCCCUCCCGUGAAUAGCUCAAAAUUGCCCACAAAACCAAAGUUAAAACCCCCUCA